AUGACUUUACUAGUGCUCAUCUUCUUGCUCACCUGCCUCUCAGCUGAGUCUGCAAGCAGCAGAUACCCCCCCAAGUCCUCAAGUAACCCCGUGUUUGGACCACGGCAAGUUUAUGGGCUGCUCAAUGGGUCAGUCACCGUGAAAUGCUUCUACCCUCCCACCAGCGUGAACAGGCACGACAGAAAGUACUGGUGCAGGGAAUCGGCCAUGGGCUGCAUGACCGUUGUCUCCACCAACGGCUACACUGCUCCGGGCUACCAAGGCAGAGCCUCCAUCACCAACUACCCCCAGGCAGAAAACUUCCAGAUUGACAUCUCCGGGCUUACAAUGGCAGACAAAGGCACCUACCAGUGCGGUAUUGGUAUCAAUGGCAGAGGGCUCUCGCACAAAGUCAGUUUGGAGGUUUCUGAAGCUCCACACGUGCCCGAGGGAGCCGAGCUCUUCCAUGUGGAGCUGCACAGCACUUUGACCACGUCCUGCAGCUUUGGAGAGAAAUACGUGAGCGAGCGGAAAUUCUUGUGCAAGAUGGAGAAAAACGGCUGCCGUAACAUCAUUGAUAGUUAUGGGAAAAUUGAUGAUGAUUACACCGGGCGAGUUCUGCUGAGCAACAAGGAGCCCCCAGGCUCCUUCAGCAUCGUGAUAACUCAGAUGGGCUGGGAAGACUCUGGCUUGUACCUGUGCGGGGUCGGCGUCCAUGGGGAGACUGGAGAAACAAAGGAACUGGAUGUGCAUGUCUAUGAGGUGUCAAGUGUUCCUCAGGGAAAGCCCACCAUAAUUGGAGUUAAAGGAAGCUCAGUAACUUUUGAAUGCCGCUACGAGCCUCAAAAAGAGACCUCAGAGAAGCAGUGGUGCAAGUGGAGAAACGAUGGGAAAGGGUGUACUAACAUCAUCAACACCUCUGGGUACGUCUCACCCUUGUAUGAAGGAAGAGUGGCCAUGUACGACAACCCCGGUAACAAGACAAUCACCGUCAUCCUGAACCAGCUGCAGAACGAUGACAGUGGCUACUACUGGUGCAUGACAGGGGAUGAAAAGGAGCAGCAAUCGUCAACCGAGCUGAAGAUCAUAGAGGGAGAACCCGGUUUGGAAGGAAAGAAGGACGUGGAGGCACAAGUGGGUUCACGGGUGGAUUUAACUUGCUCUUACCCCUGCAAGUACUACUCCUACCAGAAGUAUUGGUGCAAGUGGACCAGCACUGGCUGCACCCCCAUGCCCGCUUCUGACCAGCAGCAGCCGGGGCCAGACGUCACCUGUGACACCGACAACAAGACGGUCGUCCUCAGCUUCAGUGAGGUGGCAAUGGCAGACCAAGGGUGGUACUGGUGUGGAGUGAAGCGCGAUGGCCGCUACAGGGAGACCAUGGCCGUGUACCUGUGGGUGAGGGAAGGGAAAGGGGACAACCGCAGCCCGGACCUGCUGGACGUUGAUGACUCCAGCCACGCCGAGCCCCCCAGCCACGCUGACGAGGGCUUUGUACCCCGAGAAAGAGCGUACAGCGAUGCUGGGGUGCAAAGCGCAGCUGCCUCCGAAAGCUCUGAUCAAAGCCAUAGCCCCAGUACCAUUGCUUUAGUCCUGGGCCCUGUUGGUGCCGUGCUCCUGAUCCUCGUCACAGCUUUUGCUGCUUUUAAAUACCGGCAGCUGAAGAGAUCUGACCUGGUGUCCAUUGGGAGCUACAGGACCAACAUCAGCAUGUCUGACUUUGAAAGCAUGAAGGGGUACAGUGCAAGCAACAAUGCCUGCGUGAAGGAGAACCAGGAGACUCAGCUGGGAGGGGACGAGUUCAUCACCACCACGGCUGCCCCGGAGAGUGCUGCUGAGACAAAGAAAGCAAAAAGGAGCUCCAAGGAGGACGCUGACCUUGCCUACUCCGCCUUCCUCCUCACCUCGGGCAGCAUCACGCAGGGUGGUGCUGGGGGGGGCAGCACGACCCCAGCCGAGCACCCCCCGAACUGGGAAGGCCAGAUCUGA